AUGUCUGCAAGACGAACGGCACCCAUCCACGGUAUACUCAAGUUCCCAAGCUCUUCGCCCCUUGCAAAGCUAAGGCGAUCUAAUAAUGUGUUGGGCCUCGGCAUCCCGCAGGUUGGUUACGUCGCUCCCCCAACCUCCAAAGCACCGGACCCGUCCCCCCGGCGCGCUAUCACUUGUGCUAGAACUUCCAGCGUCAGUUGCUUCAAAUGCCGCACCCCCUACGUGAGCAAGGUGUAUGGUGUAUUACUACAUCUUUCCCGCAGCGUAAUGCAAGUCAAAUGCCCGAAAACCAUAGCCUCGGAUCAUAUUGCUUCGUAUAUCGUUGGUCUCAUAAGCCUUGCGCUUGGAACCCAUGCGUCUGCUAACCCACGAGGUGAAUGCCCGCGCUUCGGUCUAAACCUUGGAUCAGCUAUCAAAAUCCUCUGGACGCGUACGUGGUCGUGGGAAAUUACCCGCGCGACUCCAACCUGGAAGGAGAAGUCUCUCCUCUUAUAUACAUGCAACGAUGACGCCAUCACGACCUUGGUUGGCAUAUAUUCACUAGCAGGGUUGACAGAUGCCAUCGUGGUUUGGCGCCAUGGAGGACCUCAGAGACGUAAUAUAGUAUGGGCACAUGCCCUGGAUUUUGUCCGUCCUGCCUCGUGGACCAUAUGGAGAUUUUGA